AUGAAAAAAUUUAUAAAAAGUGUGCCCAAGAGAAAAAAAGAUAAUAUAAGAAAAGAAAAUUAUGAUGAACUUCGCAAAACGGUGCUCUUUAAUGAGACUGGCGAACAAAAAGUUGAGGUUAAUCAGAGGAACUUGAUCGAUAAGGUUUUGGCAAGAUAUUCGGCAGAGUUCGUGAUAUAUAGGGAAUUGAUGCAGAAUUCAGACGAUGCCCAGGCCAAAACCGUCCAAAUAACAUUUGAAACCGACAAGUCAAAAAAAUGCAGACGAAUCAUAUUCAAGAAUAAUGGUUUCCUGUUUCGAGAUGAAGAUUGGAACAGGUUGAAAAAAAUCGCAGAGGGAAAUCCUGAUGUAGAAAAGAUUGGAGCAUUUGGAGUCGGAUUUUAUUCGUUGUUUUCAAUUUGUGAAGAGCCAUUGUAA